GGUCGUAUCACCGGAACGGUCUGAAAGGUCAGAGACUGAUUUACAAAGAAUGGAACAAAGUGUACGUAAGAUUGCCAUAUCAUCAAAACCUGACAAAACCUACUUUCUCAAAAUGAACUGGAAAGAAAACCUACGAAAUGGUUUCACUAUUGUCCUCUGUGAUGGAAAGUCUGCAUGGCAAGGUCAAGUAUGCAAAGACUUGAUCUUCCAAGAAGUCAGAGACAUGGAAAUGAAAAUGGAACAAUACAUACAAGAACUUACUGAAGCUCUGACUACUGAUCUAAGACAGUCAGGGAAAUACAGUUUCGAUCUGUCUUGCAAUAUGGAAGAUGAAUCCAUGAUUGUUUUUUCUUAUGAAAAAGUGCUGAAAGAUGUCUCGUUUAAACUUGGAUCUGUUGAGCUACAUAAGGUCACAAAGCCCCUUGAUGUCAUUAAAGAGCUGAUUAACUAUGGGCUUGACCAUUGCACAGAACUGAAGGCCAGGAAUGCACACCUGCUCAGAGAAAACAAGAGACUGGAAGAGGAACAAGAAUACAUUGCCAAAGAGAUGGAAAAAUAUGUGCAAGUGAAAGAGACCCUGGAGCAGGAUUUAUACACUCGUUUUGUUUUGGUUUUGAAUGAAAAGAAAAGUAAAAUAAGGAAUCUGCAGCAAAAACUUAAACAAGUGCAAGAUAACAGUGAUGGGAUGACCACAUUUCAGAAGGAAAUAGUGCCAGAAGAUGAUUAUGAGGGAAGCACUGAUGAUGAAAAUACAGAAAACAAUGAUUGUUCCCAACCCACCACAUCAGCCAGAGGGAUGCAUGGAUGUGAUCCCCAUGAUGAAACCCUUCCUGAUGUCCCUGAUAUUGCACCCAGCCGCAAGCGUCGUCAACGACAUUGCAGAGGUGACGGAUCAGAGCCCAAAAGAGAAUCAUCAAAACCACAGGAAAAAGGAUGGGUGGCUACCACAGACAAAAAGUCCAACAGCAAACAAGCUGCUGCAGAGAACUCUGCUGCCAACAAAAUACCUCAAGAGCCAGAAGACCUCUUUGAAGAGAUCUAACGACUGACAGUGUAGUUUGUGUCCUUCAUUUAAUAUUCUUUUCCUUUACAGAUUACUUUUUCCAUGGUAAAUAUCAAUAAUUGAAAGGCUGUUUUUAAACCCUACAAUUGUAUUUUUUUAUAAUCUGGAAGCACGCAAUAUAAUACCCUAUUCCAAUUUUUUUAUUCUUAUUAUUUGAAACUGUUGAAAAUCAUGCUAUUAAGAUUAUUUUCUUCAACAGACAUCACGUACAAAAUGUUAAAAAUUUCAUUAUGGAAGUCAUUUAGUUGGUUAAGUAAGAGCUUCUGAUAUUUUCAUGAAGUGUUUUUUGUGAAUUUACAAAAUUAAUACAUAUUUUUACAUUGUACUAAAUUAUUUUUUGAUGUUGUUUUGUUUAAACCUAACUAAAUAAAAUAUAUUAAAUUUGAAUAUUUCGUUAAGCCCUUGAAAGGUUUAAUUUUUCCUCUUGUUAUUUUUAAAAUAUAACUAAUUGUUUCUUUGGUAAAUAGAGGCAAUGUUCAGAAUUGUUCACUGCCAGAAUGGUGAGUUGAUUGGUAGCGUUGCAUGCUACAACCAACAAAAUGUAAUGAAAAAUAUAACAUUUUAAGAAGAGGUAGUCUGUUUGUUUGGUGAUUUCAUAUGAACAAUAAAUAAGAUAUUUUGUUAA